AUGGGGGACUCGACGUGGAGAUAUUACCUUGGAGUUUUGUUUAUUGCCUUCAAAUUGGACUUGUCCCGGGCGCUCAUCCUCGAGUCCAUAUAUUGGAACACGACAAACACCAAAUUCAUCCCAGGCCAAGGCGUGGUAUUGUACCCUCAAAUCGGGGAUAAAUUGGACAUUGUUUGCCCGCGGGUGGACGGCGGCAUCGGCGAAGGCGUGGAGUAUUACAAAGUGUACAUGGUGCCCAGGGACCAACUGGAAAGCUGCACCAUCACAAAAGCCGACACGCCGCUCCUGAACUGUGUCAAGCCCGACCAGGAUGUCAAAUUCACCCUCAAAUUUCAGGAGUUCAGUCCAAACUUGUGGGGGCUGGAGUUCUUCAGAGGAAAAGACUACUAUAUCAUCUCUACAUCUAAUGGCACCAUGGAGGGCAUCGACAACCAGGACGGAGGAGUCUGCAAGAGCAAGUCCAUGAAGAUAGUCAUGAAAGUGGGGCAAAAUCCCGCAGACCCUAUUUCACCCAAAGACAACCCCACCAGAGUACCAUACCCGCCCAAGCACCCGGAAGGCAAGACCCCAUAUAAAAACACCAACGACGUGAUGGAGAAGCCAGACUCGGCGCCACAUGAGAGCGACGGCGACUCCGGCGGCAAGUCGUCGGGCACCAUGGGCUCGGAGGUGGCCAUCGUGGUCAGCAUCGCCUCGGGCAGCGUCAUCUUCAUCAUUAUCAUCAUCAUGCUGGUGCUGCUGCUGCUCAAGUACCGGCGGCGGCACCGGAAGCACUCGCCACAACACGCCGCCACGCUCUCCCUCAGCACGCUGGCCACGCCCAAGCGCAGCGUCGGCGGGGGCAACAACAACGGCUCGGAGCCCAGCGACAUCAUCAUACCUCUCAGGACUGCCGACAGCGUGUUCUGCCCGCACUACGAGAAGGUGAGCGGCGACUACGGCCACCCGGUCUACAUCGUCCAGGAGAUGCCGCCGCAGAGUCCCGCCAACAUCUACUACAAAGUCUGA